AUGAGACUAUGCCCGCUAAAUCGUUCCGUCCGAUCAGUGCCGUCACGUGGCAUGCACGGAGCGUUACAAUUGUCGGCGAUAUUAUUUUGCCGGUGGCGAUACACUCCGUGCAUGAUACGCGACGUUGCCAAACCGUUACGCUCAGACGGCAAAACGGUGAGCACCCGGGUUAGAAACGAGUUACCAGUCUUCUCUUUCUAUUGGCCAUUUUGUUACCAUCGGUUCAAGGAGACACCCGUACGCGUUCCAUGCAAAAUGGACGACGAAAAACUAUUAAAAAUUGUUCGCAAUUAUGAAUUUCUAUAUAAUUUAAAACAUCCGAAAUAUAUGGAUAACGUCAAGAAGGACAUUGCAUGGAAGGAAAUUGCGGAACAACUAAAACAAUCCGCUGUUGCGUGUAAAAAAAGGUGGCAGUGCCUUCGAGAUUCAUACAGGAGGGCUUUGAACAAAAAGAAAGGAAAAACCGGUGAAGCAGCAAAAAAUAUAAAGCCAUGGAAAUAUGAAGAGGAAAUGUUAUUCGUUACUCCCUUUUUCGUUGAAAGAAAAGCUCAAGAUUACGUCGGACUAACAAGUGAUGAUGAAUCAUCAGAUAUAUUUGACGAAAACAGUGCUGCCAUCAACAUUAAAGAUAACGAAACCAAUGUUAGUGAUACCAGCUAUACUAGACUAGCAGACGAAGAUUCUGAAAAACCACACACACAAAAUAAAAAUACGAAAAAGAAGGUAGUUAAGCGAAUAUCGCUUAGGAGAAAGCCAUUCCCUACAGCUGUAUUGCUAGCAAAAUUAGUUAACAACCAAAACAAAUUAGCACCUCAGCGAGGACAUGACGAAUUAGAUAGAUUUUUCUUAAGCAUCUCUGAUACUGUUAAGAAGUUUUCAACUUACGAACAAGCACUGGCAAAACAAAGGAUAUUUUCUCUGGUGUCAGAAAUGGAAAUAGAACAACUCGCAUCCUCAAGCUCAACUUCAUGCUUGUUUAAAACAUCACCACAGUGGACAAUCACCAAUACAAUAGAAGCGGCUAGUCCACAAGAUCAGAAUUUACAAUAA